AAAUAAAAAAUUAAGUUUAAUAGUUGUUUUAUUUUGCUCUCUUCGUCUUCUUCUUUCUUUAGUUCGUUGGUUGCAUUGCAGAAGAAGAAUGCUUUUUGUCACCUACUCUCUCUUUUUUGUAGUCUCUCUCUAGUCUUUUCUCUUUGAAGAUAUAAACCCACAAAACAGCUCUCUUUCUCUCUUUGUCUCUCUCUUGUGUUUAAGUAUCGUCGUUGUUGAAGAUGGAGAGAUACAAGUGUAGAUUUUGCUUCAAGAGCUUUGUCAAUGGAAGAGCUUUAGGUGGUCAUAUGAGAUCUCACAUGCUUACUCUUUCUGAAAAACCUCAACUUUACGAGUUAAUAAGUUGUGAGCAACAACAAGAAGAGGAGCGGCCGAGUCAACUCAGUGACGACGAUACAGAGUCGGAUGAUGCUUCUUCUUCGUCUGAUCAUUUAAAGAGGAAUCGUAGUAGUACUCAUGAUGAUGGAUUGGAGUUUGAUUUUGCGGAAGACGACGACGACGACGUUGAAAGCGAAACCGAGUCUUCGAAGAUUAAUAACCCAACUCGGCGACGAUCUAAACGGACUCGGAAACUUGGAUCGUUCGAUUUCGACGACUUUAAGAAGCUUGAAACAGAGCAUCACAAUCACAGCUCAGCUUCUGAUACAACGACAGAGGAAGAUCUCGCCUUUUGUCUUAUUAUGCUAUCUAGAGACAAAUGGAAGCAACACAACAAGAAGAAGAAGACGACAAAGACACGUGUUGAAGAAGAAGAAGGUGACGAGACAGAUCAUGAAUGCGAAGAUUACAAAUCGAGCAAGAACAGAGGAGGAGGAGGAGGAAGAGGUAGAUUCAAGUGUGAGACUUGUGGUAAAGAGUUUAAAUCGUAUCAAGCAUUAGGAGGACAUAGAGCAAGCCACAAGAAGAACAAAUUAGCAUGCACGACGAAAACAGAGCAAGCUAAAACAGAGUAUGUUCAUGGAGUUGGAGUCAUUACGGAGAAGAGAGUUCAUGAAUGUCCGAUCUGUUUUAGGGUUUUCACUUCAGGACAAGCACUUGGAGGUCAUAAGAGAUCUCACGGAAGCAGUAUUGGAACAGGAAGAUUGAAUGUAAAUCGAAUUGUUCGAAUCCAUAACGAAGAAGAAGUAACGAUGAAACAGGGGACGAUUGAUCUUAAUCUUCCUGCACCUAAUGAAGAAGAUGAAACCUCUUUGGUGUUCGAUGAAUGGUGAUAAAAAAGUAACAGACUUUGCGUGAUUCGGUUUGNU